AUGUCAACGAUAACGCCUAAUGGCGACAAGACUGCUCUGCCUGCGAGCCAGGGACAUUCGGAUGCGCAGGCAGCGCUUGGGAUAGACGAGAAGGUAGAUGCUGCCUCCGAGUCUACUCCUGAGACGGGCUCGAAGGGCGUGGAGGAUAACAGGACGCCAGCGCAGAAACGCGCUGGACGGAUCCAGUUCUACACGUUGCUUUGGUGUCUGUUCAUCAUGGGUUGGAACGAUGGCACGACGGGCCCGCUGCUUCCUAGGAUUCGAGAGGUGUACAAUUUGAAUUUCACCGUUGUGUCGCUCGUGUUCGUUUUGGCUUGCAUCGGUUUCGUUCUCGGAGCGUUGUUGAACAUGUGGGUUGGUCCACGGUAUGGCAUUGGAAAGACGCUUGUCUUCGGUGCCAUCCUCCAAGUCGCAACAUACUGUGUCCAGGCACCCGCUCCACCCUUCGCCGCCUUCGUCGCCAUGAACCUCGUCAACGGAGUUGGUAUCGCCUUCCAGGACGCCCAAGCAAACGGGUUCGUCGGCGCUCUAACGUAUAACCAAGAGGCAAAGAUGGGUGUUCUGCACGCUGCCUAUGGUCUCGGGGCAUUCGCAGCACCGCUGGUUUCAACCCAGUUCGCUCAGAUGACGCGGUGGUCGUUCCACUACCUCGUCUCCCUUGGCUGUGCGAUCGUCAACCUUGUCCUCAUGAUCGUCGUCUUCCGAUUCAAGGACCAGGAAACUUGCAUGCGCGAAGCGGGCGAGUUGAUCGAGCUUCCCAGCGCCCCUGGGAAGAAGGUCGAAUCCCAGAAGCAAGAAACAAACUUCAAGGAGAUCAUGACCACUCGUGCUGUUCAUUUCUUGGCGUUCUUCAUUCUCAUCUAUGUUGGUGUCGAGGUUACCAUCGGAGGUUGGAUCGUUACGUUCAUUAUUGAGGAGCGAGGGGGUGGUCCUUCGUCUGGGUAUAUCUCUUCUGGUUUCUUCGGAGGUCUGACACUUGGAAGGGUAAUCCUGUUGUGGGUCAACGAAAAGGUCGGGGAACGUCUUGUCCUCUACUUCUAUGCGGUCCUUUCACUUGGUCUCGAAUUCAUUGUCUGGUUUGUCCCUUCACUCGUGGGCAACGCCGUUGCCGUGUCCUUCAUCGGUCUCUUCUUGGGUCCCAUGUUCCCUCUCGCCGUGAACCACGCCUCGCGCGUCCUCCCUCGUCGACUCCUCACCAGCUCGAUUGGCUGGAUCGCUGGAUUCGGUCAAGCUGGCAGUGCUCUCAUCCCGUUCAUGACUGGCGCCAUUGCGGAGAAUCAUGGCAUUAAGAGUUUGCAUCCCUUGCUGGUUGCGAUGAUGGCAGUGCUAAUUUUGCUCUGGUGGGUGCUCCCAGAGAGGCCUGUAGCAGCUUCGCCAGCUGCUACUCCAGCUGUUGAGGAUGUGGCGGUCGAUGAGAAGGAUAAGGAACAAGUUGUGUAA